GCUAGAGAAAUCAAAGAAUGCGCUCAAACAAAUGAGUAUGAAUGGAAUCAAUCUAGACAUCCAGUCAAUUAUUUCUAUCCUUCAAAGGAUGUCGACUUCCUAGUCGGGAAAAAGUUGCGAUUGACUUUGCUGGAAGAACCACCUUUUGUUAUUUUUGAUCGUCAUCCAAACGGAAGUGUCAUCGGAUACAAAGGAUACUGUUACGAAAUAGUUCGCUUAUUGCAAACCAUGUACAACCUCACUUAUGAAUUCAUACUGCCUAGCGAUCAUGCAUUUGGCAGAGAAAUGCCGGAUGGAAGUUGGAAUGGGAUGAUUGGGAUGGUCGUUGAACAGGCAGUUGAUAUCGGUUUGGGCCCGUUCUCUGUCACGCACUCCCGAUCGAAAGUCGUUGACUUUUCUGUGGGAUUCUACGAAGAUGGCAAUGCUAUACUUAUCCCCCCAGCGGCGGAAGAGAACCGUUUACUCGCUUGCACGAAACCAUUCCGUCGAGAGACUUGGCUUACCCUGAUGUUGUUUGCGAUUAUUCUACCCAUCGUCCUCUGGAAAUAUUCAAAUUUGUUGGCCAUUCGUUAUCAGGAAAGACGUUCCACAUUGACGAAGCAAUACUUAUUUAUUCUUGGAGUCCUCAUUGGCCAGUCUGGGCAGAAAUUGCCCUCUGUAGGAUUUUCUCCACGUUUUCUUGGGGCUGUUUGGUGUUUAAGUUCUGUUGUGUUUGCAAGCGCUUACGUUGGCAUCCUCAUGUCUUUCCUACGUUUUCCCAAACUAUUGCCCAUCGUCAGUCAACUAGAAGAACUUCCAGAAUCUCAUCUCAAAUGGGUGGUACAAAGGGGAACAGCUUUGGAUACCCUCUUCCUCGAAGCUACGACCGGAGUGUACAAGACUAUCGGAGAAGGAUUAAUAAAUCAACAACGUGGAUCUCUCAUUGAUGUUAACGAGGAUGGUGUCCAUCACGUAACAAAUGGAAGCUACGCUUACAUUGCGGGAAAAUCAAAUCUCGAAUCAUUAAUUUAUGAUGAUUAUACUCGUUCGGGCAUUUGCCGAUUGAGUAUUGCACAGCAAGAAUUUUUCAAAAUCAAUGUCGCAUUCGCAUUCCAGAAAAACAGUCCUCUUAAACCGUUCAUCGAUAAAAAAAUUUUAGAGAUGGUAGAAUCCGGUCUUGGUAUUUACUGGAAGAAACUUUAUUGGCCGCCAUCAGACGGUAAAUGUGGAAAAGUUAAACAAUCCGACACCGGACCCAAAAGUCUCAGUCUGAUUGAUUUGCAAGGUGCUUUUAUCAUUUUAGCCAUUGGUAGUGGAAUAGCGUUCAUUGUCUUCUUAAUUGAACGCUUUCCUUCUUUCUCAACCAUUUUUAAAUUGAUAUCUUAAAGACUUAAUUAUCUUUCGAAUAAAUUGGUGUAGACUUAACCUAGAUAAUAAGAAUUGUUCUAGAACCUACCUGAUCCACUUUUAGCGUUACGUAAUAUGAGCUGCAUCCGUAAGGUCCAUUUUUCUGCUAUACAUCUGGCAAAACUAAAUCCGGGAAGCUGUUCAAUUAAAAAGACUCACAUACACGGGGGAGGUGCUAUAACAUAUGGCAAUUAGACUGACAUAUGCACGAGUGUCUCGUCACAAGUACUGCGUAUCACUUGUAAUAACCAAUGAAUAUUUCAGUCAAUAUCGGCUAUAACAGAUUGUAAAAUGGGUAUUGAGGUUAUGUCUACUUGUCACAGGACAAAUUGUCAAUUGAAAAUGGGUAUAUAAAGCUUAGGAUUUUACUUGGGUAAGUAUCAGUCGUCGUUCAGCAUUUACAG